GCUGCAGCUUCUACUAGUAUAACUGAAGGUGGAGCAUCCGGCUCAGUGUGUGUGGUAUUGACGGGAACAACUGGCUCUCCUACUGAACUUGCUAAUGCACUUGCAGUCUCUGUGGCAUCUGUGCUGAAUGGCGAAGCAGGAGCUGGAGACUUUUCUCUGGGUGCGUCUGUCACCAUUCCUGCCGGAACAAUGCUUCCAACUGAUGGCUCUCAUUGUGUGGCAGUGAGCGGAACGGAAGAUACCUUAUUGGAGGGAGAUGAAGCGUUUGGGGCUAGAAUCAGUGGGACAGACCAAAGUGCCGUUGUUUCUGUUGGAGCAUCAGACACUGCCACCGUUACAAUCACUGAGAACGAUGCUGGGGAGGUUGAGGUGGCUGCAGCUUCUGUGGGUAUCACUGAAGAUGGAGCAGCCGGCUCAGUGUGUGUGGUAUUGACCGGAACGACUGGCUCUCCUACUGAACUUGCUAAUGCACUUGCAGUCUCUGUCGUAUCUGUGCUUAAUGCCGAAGCAGGAGCUGGUGAAUUUUCUCUGGGUUCGUCGGUCACCAUUCCUGCCGGAACAACACUUCCGACUGAUGGCUCUCAUUGUGUGACAGUGAGCGGAAUGGAAGAUACCUUGUUGGAGGGAGAUGAAGCGUUUGGGGCUAGAAUCAGUGGGACAGACCAAACUUCUGUCGUUUCUGUUGGAGCAUCAGACACUACCACCGUUACAAUCACUGAUAACGAAGCUGCUGAAGUUGAUGUGGCUGCAUCUUCUGUAAGUAUCACUGAAGGUGGAGCAGCCGGCUCCGUGUGUGUUGUAUUGACGGGAACAACUGGCUCUCCUACUGAACUUGUUAAUGCACUUGCAGUCUCUGUGACAUCUUUGCUUAAUGCUGAAGCAGGAGCUGGUGACUUUUCUCUGGGUCCCUCUGUCACCAUUCCUGCCGGAACAACGCUUCCGACUGAUGGUUCUCAUUGUGUGGCAGUGAGCGGAACGGAAGAUACCUUCUUGGAGGGAGAU